GCCGCUGUGGCGCGAGCCGGCCGAGCGCGGCCUCACUCGGCUUCACUCGGCUUCACUCGGCGGCGGGCUGCCUCCGGAGCCGCUGGGAGGAUGGGCCUCUCCGCCGCAGCCCCGCUGUGGGGCCCCCCGGGGCUGCUCCUGACCAUCGCCCUGCACCCGGCUCUCUCCCUGCGCCCCGCCAAGGCCUCGGCGCCGCCGCACCGGGACUACUGCGUCCUGGGCGCCGGGCCCGCGGGCCUGCAGAUGGCCUACUUCCUGCAGCGGGCCGGGAGGGACUACGCGGUGUUCGAACGCGCCCCGGAGCCCGGCAGCUUCUUCACGCGCUACCCCCGGCACCGCAAGCUCAUCAGCAUCAACAAGCGGUACACGGGCAAGGUCAACGCCGAGUUCAACCUCCGCCACGACUGGAACUCUCUGCUCAGCCACGACCCGCGGCUGCUCUUCAGACACUACUCUCGCGCCUACUUCCCCGACGCCGGCGACAUGGUGCGCUACCUGCGCGACUUCGCAGACAGGCUGCGGCUCCACGUGCUGUACAACACAACCAUUGCCCACGUCACUCUGGACAAGGAUCCGCGGGCCUGGAAUGGCCAUUACUUCAUCCUGACCGACCAGAAAGGCCAGGCAUACCGGUGCAGUGUCCUUCUUGUAGCCACCGGGUUGUCAGUCCCCAACCAAGUCGACUUCCCUGGCUCCGAAUAUGCGGAGGGUUACGAGUCUGUGUCCGUGGACCCCAUGGACUUUGUGGGUCAGAAUGUGCUGAUCCUGGGCCGUGGGAACUCGGCCUUUGAGACAGCAGAGAACAUCUUUGACGUCACCAACUUUAUCCACAUGCUGAGCCGCUCCCGGGUCCGGCUCUCCUGGGCCACUCACUACGUUGGAGACCUCAGGGCCAUCAACAACGGCCUGCUGGACACCUACCAACUGAAGUCCCUGGACGGGUUGCUCGAGUCCGACCUCACCAAUCUGGCCCUCGUGAAGGACCGCGAGGGCAGGUUCCACGUCACCCUGAAAUAUCUCCUGGAGGAAACCAACCAGACUGCCGACGCCAUCACCCUCCCCCAGGAUGACAAUGACAACUUUGCCAUGCGCGAUGCCUACGACCGGGUCAUCCGCUGCCUGGGCUGGAACUUCGACUUCUCCAUUUUCAACAAGUCCCUCAGACUCUCUUCUGGGGGUGAGUUCAGCAAGAAGUACCCGCUGGUCAAAGCCAGCUAUGAGUCCAAAGGAAGCCGGGGUCUCUUUGUCCUGGGCACCGCCAGCCACUCUGUGGAUUACCGCAAAUCUGCUGGGGGCUUCAUCCAUGGAUUCCGGUACACAGUGCGCGCUGUUCACCGGCUACUGGAGCAUCGCCACCACGGCGUCCCCUGGCCCUCCACUGAGCACCCUAUCACGCAGCUGACCAGCUCCAUCGUCCGGCGCGUGAACGAGGCUUCUGGGCUCUACCAGAUGUUUACUGUGCUGGCCGAUGUCGUCCUGCUGAAGGAGGGUGCCACAGCGUUUGAGUACCUGGAGGAGUUCCCCAUGCAGAUGCUGGCCCAGCUGGAGAUGAUCACGGGACGGAGCGCCAAGCACGGGCUCUUCGUCAUCAACAUGGAAUAUGGCAGAAAUUUCUCUGGACCCGACAAGGAUGUCUUCUUCUAUGACCGGUCUGUGGGGCACAUAGAAGACGCCUGGCAGUCUAACUUCCUCCACCCCGUCAUCUACUACUACAGGCACCUCCCCACCGAGCAGGAGGUGAGGUUCCGCCCCGCAGACUGGCCCCUGCCUCGGCCCACAGCCAUCCACCACAUCGUGGAGGAUUUCCUGACAGACUGGACGGCCCCAGUGGGGCACAUUCUACCUCUGAGGCGCUUCCUGGAGAACUGCUUAGACACCGAUUUGCGAAGCUUCUAUGCAGAGUCCUGUUUCCUGUUCGCCCUAACGCGCCAGAAGCAGCCGCCCUUUUGCCGGCAGGGGUACCUGAGAAUGCAGGGGCUUGUGGGCAACGAGCGCCUUCGUCAGCACGGAGUAGAGAGCGGGCUCCUGCGGGACUAUGCCGCUGUGGGCAAGCACCGGAAGGACAGCACCCGGCAGCCUAGAGACCGUGAGCCAACAGGUCACCCCCGGGCCCCAGAGCCUCCAGCCCAGGCCUUCAACCAUAACAAGGAGGAACUCUGAUGGCCAGGCCUCUCUCCCACCCACCCCCACAGUCAGCUCUCCUCUUUCUCCACAGCCCCAGGCUCCCACCGACGUGUGAUUGCCAAAGACCACUCAGAUCAUUGCAGGGACUGCACCAAAGCCACACAGAGGGCACGUAUGGGCUGAAGGGCAGCCAUGCGGUGGUCUCCUCCUGUCCUUCGCUCCGUGGGGGCGGAGGAGGCGGGGUCCAGAGAAGGGCCUCCUCUGCCAGGUGGGAGCUGCCUUCCACAGCUGGGCUUGUCUUCACUGAGCUGUCGCUGAGCACCAGGCUGGCCUCAGUUCUGUCCCCAUCAAGUACCCAGUAGUUCGUUUUUCUUCUGGUCUGCUCCUCAGAUGGGCCUGGAUCCCACCCACCCGUGGAGCAUUUCACAGGUGAAAUCCAUCCUCAUCUUCAUAAGGGUUUGGCAGACACUUCACAACAAAAGCUCUAAUAUCCUCGACUGUGGAGGACAGGUGGGCCUGUUGCCCCCAGAUGAAGACACCAGCUCAGCGAGCUUAGGUGAUUCCCAGGGUCCCAGCCAGGAGUCCCUGUCUGGGUAGCGCGAAAGCCUGUUCCACCUCGCCACACUGCCUCUUCCCGCCCCAUCUGUUUCAGAACCCUGGGGGGCCAGCCUGGCUUGUCGUCAUAGGUCCAGUGGGCUGUCAUCAGGCAGAGGUCGGACAGCUCCCUGCAAAGGCAUCUUGUCUAAGCAGGUUUCUCUGAGCAGCUGAACUCAGAGCUGCUCUCUCCCCGCCUGCGCUCCCUGGCUGUCUUCAGCCUCUGUGUUCUGCUCUUCCAUCCUCCCCCAGCCCCCAGCACCCUGCACGCCGCCUUGCCUCUGGUCUGCCCGAUCAAGUUUUGUAAAACUGUCACCAUGCUGUCUUUCAGUGGGGAUUCUUUCGGAGGUGAUUCCCCCCGCUGCUCUGCUCGCACAGCGCCCAGCUCAGCAUGUGCAUUCACAAAUGCAUUUGAAUGAGAACGACGAUCACUUUAGUUUCCAGUUCCUUAGCUCUUCUGGCUCUUCUUCGUUGUCCUUCCUCCCCAGAAACCUGCUCCCUUCUUACUCUGCCAUCAGCAUUUUGGUCCCAUUUAUGAGGAAGCCAUGGGAAAACAUUUGUACAUAAAACAAUCAUGAGGAUUUUUCCCAGCUCGGGAUCAUAGGUUUCUCAGGGGCUCUUACUCGUCCUUCAUGGAUCCACUCAGAAUUCAAGGGACAUCGGUUUUCUGGAUCCACAGCCCUUUUCUGGGAACAUCUUCUUCGUCUCUUGGCGAGGUCCCGAACCCCUUACCCACCUCUCCCUCCAGGCAUUUGCAGAGUUACCAGCAAUGAAACUCCAGCAGCCUUAGCCUGUGGGGUAGGAAGUGUUUGUUUACCCCCUGACAAUACUUGGCAUAAUUUGCACAGGGCUGAAACUUCUAAAUUAAGGGACUCUCCCCAACCCCAGGAUGUCAAAUUCACCAUAUUUCAUAGAGUACAGGUAAACCAAAAUUGGGUUUCAUCAGUCCACUCUUCCUUUUCCAAGACCGUUUUAAAAAUAAAUCUUUUAAUUAGGACUGUACCCAUAAUACCAAAUCCUGCUACACACAUCUCGCCUACCCAAUUCCCGAAGGCUGGCUGAGCCGCUCGUUCCAGUAAAAGUUCAAGGUGCUGUAAAAAAUAGUUUACUGACGCCUAAAUGUGGCAUCUGCUGCUUUUCCUGUCAUCUGCCAAAUUUUUAAUUCCAUCAGAAUAUCAGCCAGCCUUAUUUGUGUUUAACGAGACAUGAUUCCAUUCUUGCUCAGCUGACUAGAGAUGUCUUCCUUGCUAUUCUUUCUGUAAAUCAAUAGUUGGCUUCCAACAGAGAAGUAUUUUCUUUUUUCCUGUGAAGAUGGUUGCUGCCUUUGCUGGAGUCCUAGCUAGACCUUGCCCCUUCAAGCAAUGCCCCGUCCCCCCCGCCUUUUUUGGAAAUCCUGGCCCCGUGUGCCUGUUACUUUACACGUCCCGGCUCUGGGGGUUCACUGCCUUCCUGCUGUGUCGUAUGAAUUCACGUUUUCUACUUCAUCUUCUCAGUUCCUUCUUUCUCAACUCUGGACAGCCCAUGAGCACAUAUGAUCAUUUCCAGCUGGACCAAGUUCCUCUUCUGGCCCAGGCCUGACUUCAUUAAUUCCUCCUUUUUUUAAUAUUAUAACAUUGCUGGUUCAAAGUAGACAAAUUGGUGAAAUAAUAGGAAGAAGUAGCCCUAUUCUAAGUAGGAAGGAGGUGAUUUUAAAAAGGAAUCGCAAACCAGUGGAUGAGAUUGUGCAGGACCGUGCAAUAAAUAAUGUUGAACCCACUGGUUAGUAAUUUGAAGAAAAUAAAUCUCAUUAUAGACCCCUAUUUCAUACCGUAAUUCAAAAUUAAUUCCAGAUGAAUUUGUCAAAGUCAUCUAGAAACUGGAGGUGAAGAGGGGAUAUUUUAAUAAAAGAAAGGACUUGACAAGUUUAGAAGCAACCAGAGUAAUUCACCAGAGGUAAAAGUUUAACGUUUCCAGGUAUACCCAUCUUGCCUGUACCUAAGUAAUGUGACUAUUUGAAAGAAAAUGGUAAAAAAUAAAAGGCAAAAUAGCAUGGACAACAGCAGAAUACAAUGCACAUAAAUAAAUAUCUUUAUUAUAUAAAGAACUUAUUGAAAUAAAUGAGAAAAAUGAAGAAUAGUUAAGUAAACUAGAAUAUAUUCACCCAAUGGAAUAUUAUCCAACUCUCAAAAACUGAGAAGUGGUGAAAGACCAUGUAAUACAAAUAUAUGUGUAAUAAAGUUAAGUGAAAAGAAGCAGGAUAUGAAAUUGAAGUUGCAAAUACUUGGAACUCUAUAAAAAUAGAAAACUAUAUGCAGGGAGAGGUAUGGAAAGGAAAUAUCAGAAAAUGUCAUCGGGGGAUGUAUUAAGUUUGGGGAGGUCUUUUUUCCCUUUUUCGUCUUUUGUCCAAAUUUGUGGUUACACCCUAUAGUGAA